AAUCGUCGAGAGGGGAACAAAAAAAAUUCGAAGCUUUGAGUAAUGAGAACGCUAGCGGCGGCUUCACGGCCACUGUUUUCCGAUUUGCCCAGUCUUGUUCGUUCAUGGCUUCCGCCUUCCAGCUUCAAGACGUUUGCUUCAUUAUCUUCGUCUCCACCGUCGGAUUCGGAUCUCCGGAAUCAAUCUCGCGGUGGCCUUCCUCGAUUCUUCUCCGAUGAUCUUCCAUCUCGCAAGGCACACACUCUCUCUCUCUUUCUCUAUCUCAUAGAAUUGUUGUUCCCUUUAAAUCUGUGCUCUGAGUUUUGGCAUAUGGCUAAAGUUCUAAGACUGAAACAGGAGGACAGGGUAGAACUCUUUAAUGGCAAAGGGGGUCUGGUAGAAGGUUGUAUACAAAGCAUUGACAAAACUGGAGUUGAUUUUAUCGCACAAGAAGAUCAGAAGGUGAUUCUUCCUCAGGGUAUCCAGUGGCAGGUGUUUGCAGCUUUUGGCACUUUGAAGGGUGGUCGAGCAGAUUGGCUAAUUGAGAAAUGUACAGAACUCGGAGCGAGCAGUGUCACACCACUUUUAACGGAAAGAUCAUCCAUAAUCUCUGAAAACCGGGUUGACAGAUUGGAACGUGUUAGUUUUGCCGCGGCUAAGCAAUGCCAAAGACUUCAUCAAAUGGUAUUGAACCCUCCAAUCAAAUUUGUUACCCUCUUGGAUCAUAUUUUCAAGUCAAAGUUAUGUUUGAUUGCCACAGCUGAAGCUACACCUCUUCUCAAUGCAGUAAACUCCUCAGCAAAAGAAUCCAGCGGACUAUUAAUCGUUGGACCAGAAGGCGCAGACUUCACGAAGAAAGAGGUGGAGAUGAUGCUGGAAGCUGGCGGCACAGCUGUUGGACUUGGGCCACACCGGUUGCGAGUUGAGACUGCAACCAUUGCUCUUUUGGCAACUCUAGUGAUGUGGUCUGACUCUCAAGAGAUGAUCUAAAAGCUUCUUAGGCUUUAGUUUUUGUUGCCUUUAGGCUUUGUCUUCUGUUCAGAGAUUUUGGUUAGGUGUUUCUGGACUUUAUCGAUAAGAAAACAAAAGGGAUGUU